CUGCGAGGGCUCCAGGAGGCUGUCUCUGUCCUGGGAGGCUCUGGGCUCCCUUGUGCUGGCUCUGCUGCUGAGGACGAGGAACCCACGAUGGAUUUAAAAUUACUUCUCAAUACCUCGAUGGUGCAUUUAGAAAUGUUUAAAAUCGUUCUGAGUGAACGUAAUGAUGAAUUAGUGCUCUCACUUCCACAUCUCCUGGAGCUACGUUAAGCUCUUUUACUGCAAGCAUCAGUCCUAAGCUGUUUCAUUAAGUAUUUACUCGUGGCCCUUGUAAACAGCUGUAUUGCAACAGAGCCCCUCAUAUCUGUCUCCUUCAGAAUGUGGUUUAUCAGAGGCUGCGGUCGCAAGGACUUCUGCUUUUUGCUAUAGACGUGUAUACAGAAAAGCAGACCUGUUCUGCAGGGCUCGGCCACGGCGGCGGUGCUGUACCAGGCAGCAGUAGCGAUGCUGCUGCCCAGCGCUGCGAUCGCUGCCCAUGAGGAGGGCUGUCGUGUCGUGUGUUUUGUGGGAAUCAGCAGCCGAGUAUCAUGGCAGGCAGUGUGCAGGCACGGUGCAGGAAUAGGUAUUGGGACUCAAUUCUGAAAACUAGAAGGCAAAUCUGAAAAAUAAAGGUCAUAAGUGCGCGGCCUGGAGGAAAGAAAACAAGGAAAAGUAAGAUUUACAAGAAUGGGCAUGAUCAGCUGAAUAAAUAAAGAAGAAGGAUGAUAUUGGAAGCAGUUGUGCUGCUGAGCUGCACUCUGGGCAUCAGCACGUUCCCCCUGGAAGAGCCCGAAGAUGGAGGCAAGCACUGGGUGGUGAUUGUUGCAGGCUCCAAUGGCUGGUACAACUACCGCCACCAGGCAGAUGUGUGCCACGCAUACCAGAUCGUACACCGAAAUGGAAUUCCAGAUGAACAGAUAAUUGUCAUGAUGUAUGAUGACAUUGCUGAUAAUGACGAAAAUCCAACAAAAGGCAUUGUCAUCAAUAGACCUAAUGGAACAGAUGUGUAUGCUGGAGUGCCCAAGGACUAUACAAAAGAGGAUGUUACUCCAAAGAAUUUCCUUGCUGUUCUCAGAGGGGAUGCAGAAGCAGUAAAGGGGGUGGGAUCAGGAAAAGUACUGAAAAGUGGUCCCAAGGAUCAUGUAUUUGUUUAUUUCACUGACCACGGAGCUCCAGGACUUCUAGCUUUUCCUGAUGAUGACCUUCACGUGAAGGACUUGAACAAGACCAUUUGGUACAUGUAUCAUCACAAAAAGUACCAAAAGAUGGUGUUUUACAUUGAAGCAUGUGAGUCUGGAUCUAUGAUGAAUCAUUUGCCUGAUAAUAUCAAUGUAUACGCAACAACUGCUGCAAACCCCAGGGAGUCAUCUUAUGCCUGUUACUAUGAUGAUGAAAGGCAGACUUAUCUUGGUGACUGGUACAGUGUGAAUUGGAUGGAAGAUUCAGACAUGGAGGAUCUGAGAAAAGAAACACUGCACAAGCAAUUUCAGCUGGUGAAGAAGCGCACCAACACCAGCCAUGUCAUGCAGUAUGGAAACAAAAGUAUCUCCUCUAUGAAAGUGAUGCAGUUUCAGGGCAUGGGGAAGAAAGCUCUCCCCAUUUCUCUGCCACCUGUAGAACACCAUGACCUGACUCCUAGUCCCGACGUGCCUCUCGCUAUCAUGAAACGAAAGCUGAUGGCUACCAAUGAUAUGUAUGAGGCUAAGAAGAUUGCUGCAGAGAUGAAGGCACACCUGGAGGCUAAAGAAUAUAUCCAGGAAUCCAUGCGGAAGAUCAUCACCCUAAUAACAGGAUCAACGGAACUGACUAACCAGAUCCUGUCAGACAGGCUGACCAUCAGCAAUUACGACUGCUAUCAGGCAGCAGUGAACCACUUCAAAACUCAUUGUUUCAACUGGCACUCUCCCUUGUAUGAGUAUGCACUGAGACAGCUGUAUGCUUUGGUCAAUGUCUGUGAAGGAAGAUACUCCAUUGACAGAAUAUUCUUGGCCAUGGAUCAAGUGUGCCGUGGAUAUUGAUGGAAACAGUAGUCUAAUGUAACCCUUACUGCAAGUGAUAAUUUUUCUUAACUGAAAUAAUCCAGACUUUCUGUGCAUGCAACAUGAAGAGUCAACCAGUGCUGAAGCUGUGCUAGGAGCUGCGGGACCUGCCCAGCAGUCUUACAUCACUUGCCAGCACUGUCUCCCCAUUCCCACCUGCCAACAGCCCAAUGGUUUGGCAGAACCAUUUUAUUAGACCACAUGGAGCUUUCAAGAUAGGAAUCUCUGGGUGAACACUACAUAGCAUCACCAGAAUGUGUGCUAAAUUUAAAUAUUGACUCAGAUUCUGGAAAUGAAAAAUUAUAGCAUUGCUAACCAUUACCUUUUUUUUUUUCUUUUUUCUUUAAAUGAUAAUGAAUGCUAUGACAGUGACUAACUUGCAGAUUGGUUGAAGAGUGAAGAAACCAAAGUUUGUUUUUUAAGCUUUAACUCCUUAACAGUUUAAAGAAGCAAAUUGUUGUGUUCAAGAACUAUCAGAUGUUAACUGCACAGUUCAAAUGUGAACAGUAAAAAACCUUUUUGGGUAGAAAACACUGUUUUCCAAAGAAAAAACACAAGUAUCUAAUGCUGUAAAUUUAGCACCAGUAUGCUAUAAUUAAAUGUGUGUACACACAAACGUGUGGGAAGUCACAGAGUUCAGGAAUUGUCUGUGAAUAAAGUUGAUAAUUUCAUCAACCUA